GGUCCGGUCAGUGGUCUCAGUCUGAGCUGUUGGUGAAGUGACAGACUUUUUCUCUGCUCUUUUUGGAUUGUGUUUUUUUUUUUUUUACAUUUGGAUAGACACCAUGAUGAAAGGGGAAGAUUCAGAGGAGGUAGAGAUUGACUUGGCGGACUCCAGUGAACCUGAAGAAUCUGAUAAUGGGGAGGAGCCUCAGACACUCUGGAGGGCCCCUCCUGCUGUGGAAGAAGAGGAAAACAUUCAUACUUCUACGCUAGUGGAAAUCAGUGAUACUAAGCCUCUGAUUAAUGUCAGAGACCCCAGAGGUAUCAAUGACUGCCUCAAGGUGACGUUUGAGGAUGUGAUUGCUGAGCCAGUUUCAGUGCGCAGUGGGGACAGAGUGUGGAUCUGGAGCCAUGCCCUGUUUGAGGUGUGCAGGGUUUGGAUCUACAGGAUAGUCACAGUGCUGCUGGCCAUUCCCAUGUCAAUCAUCUCUGGUGUUCUUUUUGCCAUCCUUAGCUGCAUCCACAUCUGGAUGAUUGGUCCCUGCAUCCAGUGUGUCUUUAUCGGUACCCGCUGGCUGCAGAGCUUAUGGAACAUUGUGCUGGGCGUCAUUGUGCGUCCCUUCCUCACAAGUGCUGGGAGAUGCUGUGGAGGCUUCAGCGUUCACCUAGCCAAAGAAUGAGACUCACACAAGAGAAGCACAUCCAGAAUUGGAUUGUUCAUUGUGCGCUUUGGCGUUCCUGUGGACUGAGCCCCAGUGGGCAUUGAGCUUUGAUUCUUAUCUAAUAUUUAAUUUAAAAUAAAAUGUUUAUUAAUUCAUAUGUUCCACAGUUAACUUUUGACAACUUUUGCCAAAGUCCAACUGUAUCUGUUGGUUCUUUUUAAUGAUUACAAAAGGCUUGUGACAUUUUCAAACAAUAAUUACAGAUGUGUGUACUGUAAAAAUGUAAAAUGUGAAAAGACAUUUCAGUAACUCUUUAAACUCACUAUUGUGAUUGAAACAGAUGUUUAAACCAUGGUCUGUUGUGUUGUAUGACCUAUUACAUGGAUAACAAGGAGCUCAGUGGGACAGGGCACAGGCAAUUCAUACAUUUUUCAUGCAACAUUCUUGCCAAACUAUGUGUAUAAUAAUUUGGGAUUUAUCCAGAUUAAUAUAAGCAACACUUAAGUAUUGCUUUUUUGGAAUUAAUAAAACCUCUUACAUAAACUUGCCAUAGAUCAUGCACUUAUUAACAGCAAAACUUGCCACUAAAAUGAAAUUUAAUAUAGAUUUACACGUGUACAGUUAUCCUACAUUUGCAAAGGAAAAAUUUUAAUGUUGUGUCACUUAAUAUUUAUUGUGCAAUAUGGCUCCUUCUUAGGGCAGUGGGAAAUACAGCAUCAGCCUGCUUCCCUUUUCAUGAAAUGCUUUAAUGCUUCACAAUGUAAGUUGUCGCUUUUGCACAAAACAAUGGACCACCCUAUUAUGUGUGUGUGUGUGUGCAUAUGUGUGUGUGUGUGUCUGUGUGUAUGUCUGUGCUCCUACACGUGAUGUGGUAUGUCUGCAGUGCCUUCUGUAUUUUUGAGAGUUUUAGGUAGUCAACACUGGCAGCUGCUUGCUGGCAUUCAAGGACUGGAAUAACACUGAGUGGCGUUUCAGUUCAUACACCGCCACUCCCUGCCCUCUGUGGCUCUGACUGCUGCCAACACACCGGGCCUCUCAUCGUGGCUUCCCUUGCUUCAUCAUCUCUGCUUCAAAAAACACUUGUUUGAGGAGAUUGAAAUACAAGGAGUAUUUGAAUGGCAGCAAUCUCAUUGUCAGGCCAAACAUGACCUCUGACGCCAGGAGAAGUUCCUUCUGUAUUUUUUACAGUUUGAGGUAGUCGACACUGGCAGCUGCUUGCUGGCAUUCAAGGAUUGGAAUAACACUGAGUGGGGCUUCAGUUCAUACACCGCCACUCCCUGCCCUCUGUGGCUGUGACUGCUGCCAACACACCGGGCCUCUCAUCGUGGCUUCCCUUGCUUCAUCAUCUUUGCUUCAACCUCAGCCUGCUCCAUCAGUUGGAGAGGGGGUAUCAUGGCUGACAGUGACGACAGCCGGGAGCCAUUGCUCAGGAGGGAAGGCCGCACCACAGGGAUCGACCUCAUUAACAGGGACCCCAAGCAAAUCAACGAGGAUGCGGUCAAGCUGAAGCAGUGGUCCCAAAUAAUUCUGGACCAUGUGACUGUGACUGCCAUGUACAACAAGUUCUGCCACUAUUAAGCCUUGAUGAAAUUUCAACACAUUAAUUGUUCUGCUACAAAAAAAGAUGGAGGGGC